AUGACCACCACUGAUCCCGCCAUCGGAAAAAGGAAGGAACUAGUUGCAGGAAAGAAAACACAUGCAAUGGCUAAAGGACUUUGCCACAUCAAAUGGGGACAACAGCACGAGGGUGGAACCAACUCUCAGUUUGAGACAUUCUGGAAGAAGCUUGAUCUUGCAGAAAGACAGAUUUCACAUGACAAGAAAUAUGCCAACAAACUCGCUGUCGCAAAAACUGCCACCAGUAGACUGCCAAACCACAAGCCUGCUGUUGCUCCUUUGAACAUGGAUGCCAGUAUACUCGAAGGAGUCCUAGAGGAUAAGGGAGCAGAUGUAUAA